AUGACGAUAUUCCAAAAACUUCAAGUACUUCGCUUCAGGUUACCCUACUUUUCGUGUCCAUCGAAAAGUCAACGACUCGCUGAAGCUGAAGGACGCAUCUUCUCUGCACUUGGUAUUCGAUAUUUGGCUAGACUUAUUCAGAUUCCGUUCAAAAACACUGAAAUCAGUACUGUAACUGUCAAUUGUGAACAACCAUCUCCAAAAACUGCAUAUCCAAUUGUCUUGGUUCAUGGAUUCGGAGCAGGAGUUGCACUGUGGGGAUCUGCUAUCAAACGUCUUGCACAAUUCCAGACAGUUCAUGCUUUCGAUUUACCAGGAUUCGGUCGUUCCUCUCGUCCAAAAUUCUCAACUGAUCCCGAGACUGCCGAGACGGAAAUGAUUGAUUCAAUUGAGCAAUGGAGGGACAAAAUGAAUUUGGAGAAGAUGAAUCUAGUUGGUCACUCGUUCGGAGGAUAUCUUGCCACGUCAUAUGCUCUCAAGUAUCCAGGAAGAGUCGAAAAUCUCGUACUAGCCGAUCCAUGGGGCUUCAAUGAAAUGGAUCCGGAAAUAAUGCCCAAACUAACAAGUCGACAGAAGAGCAUCUUCUGGGUCGUUCAACAAUUCAAUCCAUUGGCCGUUUUACGACUUGUGGGAGGAUAUGGACCAACUCUUAUGAAACGUCUUCGACCUGAUCUCGCAUUGAAAUAUUCUGAAGAUGUUUACGAUUACAUUUAUUUGGCGAAUUCGAAGAAUCCAACUGGAGAAGUCGUUUUCAAGUGUUUGUCGGAGAAUCUUGGAUGGGCGAAACAGCCAAUGAGUAAAAGAUUCCAUGCGUUAGACAACACAGUUCCUGUCACCUUCAUUCACGGAGAACGCAGUUGGAUUGAUUGGAAAAUGACAAGAACAAUGUUUGGAGAGUUGGAUCAUGUGGAGUCUCAUGUAAUGGAAAGUGCUGGACACCACGUUUACGCAGAUGACGCCGACAAAUUCGCGGAGCUCGUGAUUGGAUCCCUGAAAGAAGGAAAAACGAAGAAGGGUCCAACUGUAAUAAUUGCCGAAGACGACGUCGUGACUCCACUUUGA